GUAUUUAACGUCGGAUUGAUACAGUGCACGUCGUCUAAGCAUCUGAAUUGACUGCUUAUUCUGGUGAAAGGAUCGCUCAAUGUCUUGCAAAAAUUGAAGUGAAGGUGUGUCAGAAUGGGAAAGAAAAGGAAUAAACAACGUCAAAAAGGUGGUGAUUCUGCAGCUGGAGAGGAGGCAAACGAUGCUGCUCAUGCACCAGUUGUAGUGCUUGCUACGCAGCCAAAUGGUCCUUGCGUGGCUGUUGCGCACGACAAAGAGCUGUGGCUGCUUGACUGCAGCAAUGCUUCUCUGAUCGAGCUGGAGGACUCCACAUUUGGUGCACCCAUCAGAGCAGUUGCUUUCGAUCCCACCGGCAACUUGCUCCUGACUGGAGGGGAUGACAAGACCGUACGCGUGUGGCAGCUGGACAGCAGGCAAUUAUUGCAUAAAUGGGUUGUACCCAAGAAAGUCAGUGCGGCAGCCUUCUCAGCGGAUGGCAGCUUUGCAUUCUUUGCGGACAAGUUUGGGGAUGUCCAUGUUGCAGCGACGGCUGCUGAUGCAACAGCAGGGCCAAAGCCUUUGCUGGGUCAUUUCUGCAGCAUCAUCACAGACCUGGCAGCCUCGCCGGACGGCAAGUUUGUGGUCAGCACGGACAGGGACAGCAAGACCAGGGGGGCGCAUGAGAUCCAGAGCUACUGCCUGGGCCACACUUCAUUUGUCACGGCCUGCGCAUUUGUGGCAACACCAGAAGCGACACUUCUUGCCUCUGCCAGUGGAGAUGGCACAGUAAGGCUGUGGGACCAUGUGUCAGGGCAGCUGCUGGACACCUGCCACGUGCCAGUGCCCCCUGGAAAUGUUGUGGCCGCCAGCACAGAGCAAGCAGACACUGCUGAAGAAGCAGGCACACCAGAAGUGGCUGCAGAGGAAGCUGGCGCACUGAACCUGGACAGCGCACCUUCCAGCGCGGCCGAGAUGGAGCUGGGUGAUGUGCCGGCCAGCGGCAGCGGCUAUGAGAGCGACGAUGAAGACAACGGCGAAGAGAACGCUGCGCUCCGAGAGCAUGCUGCUGAGCCAGCCACAGCUGCCACGCUUGCCCUGGCUGCCUCUCCCAGCGGGCGCCACCUGGCAACGCUCGUGGAGGGUCAGGAUGAGGUGACCAUACUGGAGGUUGACGCAGCCGCCCGGAAGCUGUCCAUCUGUCAACGCCUAGCCAUGCACGACUUGGCCCUUCCCAAUUCCGUGCAGUUUGAUCGGGGGGGACGGAUCUGGGCGGUCGGGAGGCCUCGCUUGGAGGAAAGUGGCGCGCUGAAAGUGGGCGUGGCUGCUCUAAACGACGCAGGAACGGAGUUUGAGAGCGCAGCAGAGGACGUUGUGCCAGAUGCGCUGCGUGCUGCGCUCAGGACGGUAGCAAAUGGUGGGCAGGCAGCUCAGACGGGAGCCCUGGGGCAAGUGAAUCCGCAGCUGAGGAAGCGCGUGUACACAGAGGCAGAGACAGACUUCCGCAAACGCAACCGGCGGGACAUAAAGGCUGCCAGCACAGCUGCUGCAGCCAGCAUUUAUUGAAAACAUAAUUAUCACGAAUGACAGUCAGCAGGAGCAGACUGGUGUGUAGUAGAGAGCAAAAAACAUGAUGAAUAAAUACAUGCAUCACAUGGUGUUGACAUCACCAAUUGCAGGUUUGAGAGCAAGUUCUUGUAAUGCCGCAUUGUAAACAAUCCCAAAU